AUGGCGGACCACAACACUUCAUCCAGUGGGAUGUUCGAACACAAUGCCAGCGAAGGAGAAUUGCAUAGAAGAAACGUUGUUGGCAUGGAGGAAGGGCCUGAUGCCGAUGCACAACUCGCCGCUCAGUUUGGAUACAAACCUGUAUUCAAGAGAGAAUUUGGAUACCUCUCGACGUUUUCCUUCGCUGUUUCCAUCAGUGGAUUAUUUGCUACUAUUAUGACUACUUUUUCAUACCCAAUAAUGUCCGGUGGAUCUGCUGCGGCCGUCUGGUGUUGGCUGAUAUCUGGUGCUGGUUGCAUGUGUAUUGCUCUUUCUGUCGCUGAAUUAGUCUCUGCGUAUCCUACAUCCGGCGGUUUAUACUUUACGAUUUCACGACUGGCGCCACAAACCUGGGUACCAUCUAUCAGUUGGGUUACUGGGUGGUUGAAUCUGCUUGGACAGGUUGCUGGUGUUGCCUCCUCCCAAUAUGGUGCAGCUCAAAUGCUGCUAGCGGCCGUCGCGAUUGGAAAAGAUUUCAACUAUACAAUCAAUGCAAAUACAACAGUCGGUGUAAUGGCAGCUCUUAUGGUUCUCACUGGGCUGGUCAAUUCAAUGUCUACUUAUUGGAUGGAAAAGAUGACAAAGAGCUACGUUAUCUUCCACGUUCUUGUGUUGGUAACGUGCUGCAUUGCACUUCUGGUCAAGACCCCGAACAAACAUAAUGCUACCUACGUUUUCACCGAUGUUGAAGCUACCUCUGGUUGGACCCCUGUUGGAUUCAGCUUCUUGUUCGGUUUCCUUUCUGUUUCGUGGACUAUGACCGAUUAUGAUGCCACGGCUCACAUCACCGAAGAAAUCUCGGAGCCAGAGAAGAAAGCACCUUGGGCUAUCUCCAUGGCUAUGCUUUUCACUUAUGUUGCUGGAUUCCUUUUCAACAUCGUACUCUGUUUCUGUAUGGGUGACCCAUCCGAUAUUCUGGGCACAACUAUCGGUCAACCAGUCGCACAACUUUUCUACAAUAGUCUUGGAAAGGCAGGUGGUAUCUUCUAUACCGUUUGUGGAUUCAUCAUUCUUGAAUUCGUUUGUUUCACUGCUAUGCAAUCAUUGGCACGAACUGUCUUUGCCUUCUCCCGUGAUAAGCUUGUACCAUUCUCCAAAGCCUGGACACAAAUUUUACCCAUCACCGGAACGCCCGUUGCAGCUGUCUGGAUAUCUGUUGCCCUCUGCAUUGCCAUCAACCUCAUUGGUCUUGGAUCCUACACUGCUAUUUCCGGAGUCUUCAACGUAUGCGCCAUCGCCCUAGACUGGAGUUAUUGCAUCCCCAUCGUUUGCAAACUCAUGUUUGGCAAGUUCGAGCCCGGUCCAUGGCACAUGGGCAAAUUCAGUACUGCCGUGAAUGUGUGGGCAUGUAUCUGGACCUUGUUUGUCAGUAUCAUCUUCAUUCUCCCGACAGAGCUACCAGUGACUGCGCUCAACAUGAACUACGCCAUCGCCUUCUUAGGAUUAAUCCUAGGAUUCUCCACCAUCUACUGGUAUGUUUCGGGCAAGAAGUUCUACACCGGUCCUGUCAUCGAAGCCGCCGACGAAGACUCUCUCAGACAUUCGUUGGACCGCGACUCGAGACAGGAAAAGGUGGAGAACAACAAAUCAUAA